AUGACAACAAGCAACUGGAGUGUUGACCAAGAGUUACAUUUCAUCCUAACUGGUUUUCCUGGACUUCACAGCAUACAUAGCUGGAUUUCUAUCCCUUUCCUUUUUAUAUUUCUUGUGAUGUUAUUUGGCAACUUAACAGUUCUACUUGUUAUAGCAACUGAGCAAAGCCUUCAUGAGCCUAUGUAUUACUUAAUUUCAUUCCUAUCUGUAGUAGAUCUUCUUAUCGGAGUUACUCUUCUUCCACAGCUGUUAAUAAUAUUAUGGCUGGGCUCCCAGACCAUACGUUUUGAUUCUUGCAUUUUGCAAAUGUUUUUCCUUAGCUUUGUUGUAUCCAUGGAAUCAUCAGUGUUGGUACUAAUGGCUUAUGAUCGUUUUGUUGCAGUGUGUAAACCUUUGAGGUACUCAGCAGUGAUAACAAACAAGUUUAUAUUAAAAGGAGGAUUUGCAAUAUCAGUCAGAAGUCUUUGUAUUGUAUUGCCGUUGCCUGUACUAGCUACCGCUUUAAAGUACAAUAGUAAGAGCAUAAUCGAUAAUGUUUAUUGUGAAUAUUUUGCUGUCGUCAGUGCAGCACAAAUCCAUUCAGCUCUGAAUGACAUUUACCUAUAUUUAAUUUGUUUUUUGGUAAUACUGCCUGACACAGUUAUGAUUGGUCUUUCCUAUUAUAUGAUUGUUAGAGCUGCUCUGAAACUCAGAUCAAAGGAAGCUCAACUAAAGUUGUUUAGUACAUGCAGCUCUCACGUUUUGGGGAUUUUAUCUUUUUAUAUAUCUGGAGCAGUGUCACUCUUAGUAUUCCUUGUUGAAAAUGAGGUGCCUAUAUUUAUGCAUUCCUUGUUUUCAGUCUUGUAUAUUAGUGUACCACCUACAGUAAACCCUUUGAUAUAUGGAAUAAAAACAAAAGCGAUUUUGACAGUAAUAUUAAAACAUGCACAAAACAUUAAAAACAUGUUUUAA